GUGUUAAACUAUAUAUAUUCUUCCACUGUAACGUGGGGUGACCUUAAAAAAUGAGAGAGAGAGAGAGAGAGAGAGGGAGCAUACGGUGGCGGCCUUCUUCGGUUUGUGGGCAUUUUAAAAUACUCAAAGAAGCCCCAAUUAGUUUCACACUUCACUGGGGAUGAAUCUUGAUACUUCUUCUUGAUGAGCGACCACCAUUAAAAAAAAAAAUGGAGAAGGUCAAAGCGUUUCUGGAAGUGACGGAGGAAGAGUCGGAGACGGUGUCGAGUGUCGCCGUUCGGCCUCACAGACUCGGACGCGAGAUGAGCUUUUACGACGACUUCGCCCUCCGCGGCAUCCGAGUCCUCGAAGCCCGCCCCGGAUUCGCCCUCUGCUCCUUCAAGGUCCCCACUCGUCUCACCAAUAGGAAAGGGGAAUUGGCGUCAGGCGCCAUAGCGAACCUGGUGGAUUUAGUGGGGAUGUCGGUGCUGCCGGUGAAGGGAUCCAUUAACGUAUCAGUCGACAUUUCCAUCUCCUACCUCUCCACUGCCAAACUUCAUGAUGAAGUGGAGAUAACAUCAAGGAUGUUGGGUCUAAGGGGAGGGUAUGCAGGGACCAUUGUGGUUCUGAUGAACAAAACAACUGGAGAGAUUAUUGCUGAAGGUCGCCAUUCUCUAUUCUGCAAACAUAAAAAACAGCCCAUCAGUAAACUUUAACUAAAAAAUAUUUCCAAUCCUCUAAUUCUGCCAUCUAUGUUGUUUUUGAAUUAACCAGUCCACAGCUCAUAAUACUUUGGAGUCCCUCAUUUUAUGUAUUUCAGAUUAAAUAAAAUUGCAGUAUUUUUGCUCUAAAA